UUCAGCAGUCUGACUGAACUGAGCGAUGCGUUCCCACUCAUAACACCCGGUGGUAUUGCCCUGUUUCUCCUGAUCUCUGGGUCUGUGUGUUUUUUGCUGCAGUUCAGCACUGAGGAUAUGGUACUCCCUGCGUGCUGCUAGGCAGCCCAGACUCAUUCUGCCGCAUUCAUGCUUCCUACCAGCACCACCAUACGCAGAGGAAUUCCCUGCUGUCUUCUCCGGUGCUGCUCACAGACAGAGUGAGUGUGGGUUAGAGGAGGAGGAGGAGGACAGGGGACUGGCUGCAAAGCGACACUGACAGAUAGAGGACAGAGCUGGAUUUUGUUGUUGGAUUUCCCAUGAAGAUGUGUUGUGUUUUUUUAUGUGGAAACUACUUUUUAUGGGAUUUAUUGCUGACCUCUGUGCGAUGGGAUUGCACACACGUAUAAGAAGAAAGAACACUGCGUAUUUAUGUGUGCGAGAGAGCGAGAGUGCGUUUGUCCCUGAUGCGGUCAGAACGGGCUAGCCGUGUAUGUAUUGUGGUGCUGGAGGAGGUGGAGGAGGACGAGCCCUCUCCUUCAUCCCCACCUCCUCGGCUUAAACCAUCUCCUGAGCAGAGGUCUCAUCCAGACUCUCAAACGGCUGCAGCUCAGGAUGACAAGCCGUCUCUGUUAAGAGCCAUCUUUAAUGUGGACCCAGAUGAAGUUCGCUCUUUUAUCUUCAAGAAAGAGGAUGUCAACAUUCAGGACAAUGGGAAGCGGACUCCACUUCAUGCUGCAGCAUACCUGGGAGACGCUGAGAUCAUUGAGCUGCUCAUCCUUUCAGGAGCCAGAGUUAAUGCCAAAGAUGCAGACUGGUGGACCCCUCUGCACCGAGCUGUGGCUUCUUGCAGUGAGGAUGCGGUUACCACGUUGCUGAAGCACAAUGCAGACGUAAAUGCCCGGGACAAGAACUGGCAGACGCCGCUUCAUGUAGCAGCAAGCAACAAGUCGGUCCGCUGCGCCGAGGCUUUGGUCCCACUGCUGAGCAACAUCAAUGUUACCGACCGGUGUGGGCGCACUGCGCUGCACCAUGCUGCCUUCGGAGGCCAUGUAGAGUUACUACCACCAAGUCUUUAUCUAAAACAAGUACCAGGAUCAGAUUUACAGAUGGUGAAGUUCCUGCUGUCCAGAGGAGCCAACGUUAAUGCGUUUGACAGGAAUGACAGGAGGGCCAUCCAUUGGGCAGCUUACAUGGGUCACCUGGAGGUUGUUAAGUUACUGGUGGGCAGCGGAGCUGAGGUGGACUCUAAGGACAAGAAGGCCUACACGCCACUUCAUGCAGCUUCCUCCAGUGGCAUGAGCAGCACAGUGCAUUACCUGUUAAACCAGGGUGUCCAUGUGAAUGAGGCUAAUGCCUAUGGCAACACGCCACUCCAUUUGGCCAGCUACAAUGGACAGGACGUGGUGGUUGGUGAGCUCAUUGAAGCAGGAGCCAGCGUAAAUCAAGUGAACGAGAGAGGGUUUUCUGCGCUACACUUUGCCUCUUCUUCCCGCCAAGGUGUGCUGUGCCAGGAGCUGCUGCUGGCCCACGGAGCAAACAUCAACCUGAAGAGUAAGGAUGGUAAGACCCCCCUUCACAUGGCAGCUACACAUGGACGCUUCUCCUGCUCCCAGGCCCUUAUUCAAAACGGAGCUGAGAUAGACUGUGAGGACGGAAAAAGAAAUACUGCACUUCACAUUGCAGCCCGCUAUGGCCAUGAGCUAAUCAUCACAUCGCUCAUCAAACACGGAGCCAACACUGCCAAGAGAGGCAUUCAUGGGAUGUUACCGCUACACCUGGCAGCUCUGAGUGGCUUCUCCGAUUGCUGCAGGAAGCUGCUCUUCUCAGGAUUUGUCAUUGACUCCCCUGAUGACUUUGGAAGGACCUGUCUGCAUGCUGCUGCAGCUGGAGGAAACCUGGAGUGUCUGAACCUGCUUUUAAACACAGGAGCCGACUUUAACAGGAAAGACAACUUUGGAAGGGCUCCACUACAUUAUGCAUCAGCCAACUCUAACUACCAGUGCGUGUUUGCUCUGGUGGGAUCUGGGGCGAGUGUUAAUGAUCUGGAUCAACGCAGCUGCAGCCCUUUGCACUACGCCGCUGCGGCCGACUCAGAUGGAAAAUGUGUGGAGUACCUGCUAAGGAACGAUGCUGAUCCUGGGAUAAAGGACUCACAGGGUUACAACGCAGUGCACUAUGCCUCAGCCUAUGCCCGUACACUCGGCCUAGAACUGAUCGCAAGUGUGAGACCUCUUGAUGUGUUAAUGGAUUCAUCUGGACCGGACGCCCUGAGGGACUCAGACUGUGAGGCCUCCCUUAGUCCGCUCCAUCUGGCGGCGAACCAUGGACACUCUGGAGCAUUAGAGGUUCUCCUAGCGUCCCUUCUAGACGUGGACGUCCGCACCCCAGACGGACGGACCCCUCUAAGUUUAGCCUGCUCCAGGGGCCAUCAGGAAUGUGUGUCUCUACUGCUGCAUCACGGCGCCUCUCCUAUGACCCGGGAUUAUAUAUACAAGAAGACAUCCCUACAUGCUGCAGCUAUGAAUGGCCACCUUGAGUGCCUGAACCUGCUUCUCAGUAGCAACAAUCAACACAUUAAUGUGGAUGCACAAGACAACAACAGACAGACUCCUCUAAUGUUAGCAGUACUAAACAGACACAAAGACUGUGUGUACUCUCUGCUCAGUCACGGAGCCAGUGUGGAGAUUCAGGACCGCUGGGGUCGGACAGCGCUGCACCGUGGGGCUGCCACCGGCCAGAAAGAGUGUGUGGAGGCCCUCAUCCAACGAGGGGCCGGUGUUUGUGUGAGGGACAUCCGGGGCCGCACCCCGUUGCACUUGGCUUCGGCUUGUGGCCAUGUUGGAGUGCUUGAAACUCUCCUGCAGAGCACCCCCCCAUCCCUUACUAACCUCACAGAUAACCAGGGCUACACACCGUUGCACUGGGCCUGCUAUAACGGUUAUGAUGCAUGUGUGGAGGUUUUGUUUGAUCAUGAGGUGUUCAGGAAGAUUAAAGGAAACCCCUUCAGCCCGCUGCACUGUGCUGUUAUGAACGAUAAUGAGGGGGUGGCUGAGAUGUUGAUCGAAUCCCUGGGUGCAAACAUCGUCAAUGCCAGAGACUCCAAGGGAAGAACCCCCCUUCAUGCUGCUGCGUUUUCUAACCACGUGGAGUGCAUUUCUCUUCUUCUGAGCCACGGAGCUCAGGCCAACGCUGUGGACAUACUCACACACAAAACCCCGCUGAUGAUGGCAGCUCUGAACGGCCAGACCAGUGCAGUGGAGGUGCUGGUGAGCACUGGGAAACCCGACUUGUCACUACAGGAUGUAAACAAGAACACUGCUCUGCAUCUAGCAUGUAGCAAGGGUCAUGAAACGAGUGCCUUGUUGAUCCUUGAGAAAAUCAGCGACAUGAACCUCAUCAACUGUACCAAUGAUGCUCUCCAGACGCCGCUGCAUGUGGCAGCCAGGAUGGGACUAACCGUGGUGGUCCAGGAGCUGCUGGGAAAAGGGGCCAGCGUGUUGGCGGUGGAUGAAAAUGGUUAUACUCCAGCUUUGGCCUGUGCUCCGAAUCGUGACGUAGCGGACUGCCUGGCCCUCAUUCUCAACUCAAUGAUGCCCACCUCCCCCAUGGUGACCAUAGCAGCCAUACCCGCUUUGUCUCUCACCCAGACCGUCAUCAAACACCACCAGACCUCCAACCACAUCUCCAAAGGUGUGGCGUUCGAUUCUCCACCUGCUCUGAGACCAGACCAUGCCUCAUACUGCAGGCCAGACAGGCCGCUAUCCUCCACCUCAGCAGACGAUGAACUGAACGACUCAGACUCAGAAACCUACUGAGGAAUUUUGGAGAAAGUACCGGCAGCCUAGCCAACCACUCAGGAGCCUUAUUAAAUAUCUGACUAACAGAGAGAAAGUAGAGCAGGUUAUUUUUGGUUAAGCUUCCUCAAGUGUAAAAAUAUCCUUUUAUAUAAACCACAUACAGUGCCUGGCAAAUGUAUUACUACCACUUUGACUUGUCCAGAUGUUGUCACAUUAUUACAACAAACAGCGUUUCCCAGACCAGCACAAAGUUAUGCAAAAUUAAGUCAAAGAAAUGUUUUUAGGUCUUUAACAUAAAAAAUGCACCUCACCUGAAUCAGCGCUUUGGAAAACCAACUUUACUAUUUGUUGCUGUAUUGCACAAAAGCCCCAUAAAAUGAAUGUUUGUAGCUGUAAUGUGACAAAAUGUAAAAACAGUCAAGUGGUAUGAAUAUGUUAUGCAAGGCUCUGUCUUCCUAAUGUGCACACCUAUGCCGACAUACUGUACCAAUAAGAGGUAAGAAUACAGAUACUAAACUUCUGAGAAGGCACUGUAUGGCCAUUAACAUGACCAGUAUCUUUUUUAAUUCAAAAGCAGUAUUCUCUUUUUAUGAGUUAAACUUUUACUGUAGCUGAUGUGGAAUCUCUCACUAGUGAUUUUUAAAGCGACACUGUAACUUUUAGCCACUAGGGGCGCUAGACUUGUAAUUUAAAGGCUUAGCAUCCCUGAAAGCAACUGGAAACACUGCUCUCUGAUAGCAGACCACUUUGAAGCUGCAGACUGAAAAAGUCAUGGAGUUGCUUGUAAGGACGAGGCAAGAAAAGCUCGUCUAGAUUAAAUCCUACAUCAGAGAACCAGAAAUAUAUCUGAUCAGAUGUCAGAUCUCUUUUUUUGUUUCUUAACAACUUUUUGCCCAGUUCACUUCCAUCUCAGAUUGUCAUAAAUGACUCAUGCAGUGAUGGAGCCAAACCUCCCAAGUAGGGCAACUCCCAUAGACCAUCAAUACAUGCCCAGUACUCUAUAUCAACCUGAAAGAUUAUUUAAUUUCUGAAAUUACGCUAAUAAUUGGGUCAAAAGUUACGCAGUGUAGCUUUAAUUCUUUUUAAGUUUGUUUUUUUUUUUCUCCACAAGAUCAUCAAGUGACAUAAAACUCAGAGGAAACAGAGGGAAAACCUAUGGGACCAGCUGACUGUACGUUUAAUUUGACCAUUUUACUCGUCUCUGUCUAUCAGAAACGCUGAUGACCGGAGCUCAUGAACAUUAUUAAUGCUGUGUAGAUCAUCUGGGAGCUAUCUCCUCAUUUCCCAGGAGGAUUAAAUUGUUAUUUAAUUUCUUAGUAUUUAUUUUUAAGUGUAGAUUCAAUCUUGAAGCGAAUUCUGACAGCAGGUGGAUGUCAGACCUACUUACUGUACACAGGAUUCAGACGUCAGUUGACUGACAGGCUGAAUGAACAGCCCCUUUAGAUCAUGCAAUGGUGUAACUACU